AUGCCUGAAGAGUUUCCCAUUCAUAUCCUCUUGUACGCAGCAUCAGGAUGUAUCCUGGAUUUAAAUAUGGCCCAUCAAAGUUUUACACGAUUGCACAACGGGUUCUUAGGAAUUCCUCACAUGUUCUCCAUUGUCAGGCUUUUAGGAUCAAGGUCAUUGCCAUGGCUUAUUCGAGCUCUACUAGACUACAUAUCAAAUAAGAUAACAACACUUGAACCCAUGAUUGCAGGAUUGCAAGAAGCAUUGCCAAAAUCUAUUGGACUGCUUCCUUUUGAUGGAGGUGUUGCAGGCUGUCAAAGAAUAGUCAGAGAACAAUUGAACUGGGGAUCAAAGUUAGAACUAAAGUCAGAGGUUCUGCAUGGCAUAAAAGAAAUUGGAAGUGUAUUAUAUUUGCUGGGGCUUCUUGAUACUGUGCUGACUGCUCCAUGGUUGGGCUUGAUUCCUGGAGCUGAUGGACAAAUAUUGCAUUCUCAACCUGGUGAUAGCCCAAUUGUCACCCUCUUCAAAUCUGCAACUGCUACAAUUGCUUCACACCCUACAUGUUCAAAUCCAACAUCCUUCUACACCAUAUCCAAACAGGCCGAAGCUGCUGAUACGUUGUACAAGGCAAACUUGAAUACAGGGAGCCUGCUGGAAUAUGCCCUUGCUUUUACAAGUGCAGCAUUGGAUAAGUACUGUAGUAAAUGGAGCACAACUCCAAAGACUGGGUUCAUUGACAUUACAACAUCAAAAGACUUCUAUCGUGUAUAUAGCGGCCUUCAAUUUGGAUAUUUGGAGCAAUCUGUUCAAGCACCCCCAAACAAUCACGAAGUUUUAGGUGAUUCUGUAGCUUGGGGUGGUUGUACUAUUAUUUACUUGCUUGGUCAACAACUGCACUUUGAGCUCUUUGAUUUUUCUUAUCAACUCCUCAAUGUAGCAGAGGUAGAAACUGCAUCAAUUACACAAACAGUUAAGACUGCUAGUUUUGUGCAGGGGUGGGAAAGCCUAUUAGAAGCUAUGAAGAAAGCCAGAAGAUUGAACAACCAUGUAUUUUCAAUGCUGAAAGCACGUUGCCCACUCGAAGACAAGACAGCAUGUGCAAUCAAACAAAGUGGUGCCCCCCUUCAUCGGAUCAAGUUUGAAAAUACUGUCUCUGCAUUUGAAACACUGCCGCAGAAAGGUACAUGAAUGUCUUGUGUAUUCAAAUAUUCCUAUGGCCUCAAUGUGCUCUUAUGUAUUAAUUUCAUUGUCCAUAUCGUCAAAAUUUUGUGAUAGUUACAUCAUGUAAUGUCUGUUGACUGAAUGUGAUUAACUGACCCCUAAUAAUAUUCAUAAGUGGAAAACUUGCAACUUUUCUAA